AGAGAGAGCGAGAGUUUGUCCAGGUGCUGGAGUGGGCAAUCGGAAAUCAGCCACAGGACUCUGUAGCAGCUCUUUGAGAGAGAGAGAGAGAGAGAGCCGGUCCUGAGACAGGGGCCCCCCGCGAAAAAAAACAUGGAGACAAGAUGCUAAAGGGCCACCUAAAAGCCCCCUGACUGAUACACUGGCAAAACGGACACACACUUACACUGAGGGACAAGGCCGGCCGUGAACGCCAUGGUGGCCGAGGAGGUCAUUAUCACCCUGUCCGGCGGAGCGCCGUGGGGCUUUCGGCUACAGGGAGGUGUGGAAUGCCAGAAGCCCCUUCAAGUGGCCAAGGUACGGAAGCGCAGUAAGGCGUGCCGAGCGGGUCUCCGAGAGGGGGACGAACUGGUCUCCAUCAACGAGAGCCCAUGUGGAUGCCUCUCCCAUGCCCAGGCAAUGACCCUUAUCGACAGCUCCCCCGGCACCUUACACAUACGGGUCAAGAGGACUCCAGCUGGUUUCCAGUCGGUGGUCCUCCUGCCCCGCGCCCCAUCGCCCCGAAUCGAUAAAGAGUACCGCGCUGCCCUGAGAGCCAUCUCCCCCUCCGCCAGAUCCCAGCAGACGGCCGUGCGGCAGGUCCAUAGGGGCUCCCUCCUGUCCCCCACUGGCACUGGCACCAGCACUGGCACGAGCCGCAGUGGCCUCACCUCCCCCCCGGGCAGCGAGGCGUACUAUGGCGAGACGGACAGCGAUGCCGACGUGGUGGCCCAGGAGCGGCAGAGGCGCCAGAAGCGGCGCAGCCCCAGCAACAGCGUCCCGGGCAAGGCUGGCCGCGCGUCCCCCGAGGGCGGCGAGACUUCGGAGAUGAGCGGCUACGACAGCGCGCCAGACCCGUCCUUCGGUGGGCCGGAGAUGCUGCCGGGCGUGGCUCGCCGGGAGGUCAUCUACCAGCCACCUCCGUCCACCGCCUGGUCCUCGCAAACCUCCACGGAGACGUCAUCCAUGAGCGCAGACGACCAGGGCCCCCAGGAUGACAGCGGCUUCCAGGACCUCCACAACGUGCCCCUGGUGUCCCCAGAGAGGGCCAAAGAGGCCCUGAUGCUGAGCUCCCGCGGGCAGUUGGUACCCAUGGUAGGGCCUUUAGACGCACCCAUGGAUGAAGAACUUACUGUGACGUACAUGGAUAAGGCCAAGCAAGCGAAACUGAACCGUGGUGACACAGGCCAAGACAAACAAGUGAAAGAGGCGCGUACUAAGUGCCGCACCAUCGCUUCAUUGCUCACAGAUGCCCCGAACCCCCACUCGAGAGGUGUGCUGAUGUUCAAGAAGCGGCGACAGCGCUCCAAGAAGUACACCCUCACCAGCUUUGGCAGUGUGGACGAGGAAAUGCGGCAGGACUCUCAGGAGGACUCUCAGGAGGACGAAGACGGCAUGUUCCCAGGUAGCGAGUCCGAGUUUGAUGAAGACGGCUUCUCUGCCGCACCGGAUCCGACUUGGGACAGCGACUACAUGGACAUGCUGGAGAAACGCUCAGCCAGCGCGGUGGGCCAUACUGAGGAGGCUCCAAGCCCCGGGCUCACAGGCACCUCUGGCAAAGGGGCUCAGCUGUUUGAGCAACAGCGGAAGCGGGCAGAAGAGCAUGCCAAGAGAGCGGCAAUUGCACAGGCCCAGACACAGGCGCAAGCACAGGCACAGGCACAGGCACAGGCACAGGCACAGGCGCAGGCACAAGCUUAUGCUUCAGCCCAGCUACAAGGACAGAUGCAGAUGCAGAUGCAGAUGCAGAACCAGAUGCAACCAGAGGUGCAGGCAGACACAGUGCCUAUGCACAUCCAAGCAUUCUCUCAGCCAGUUACCCAGCCAUUCACACAGCCCGCUCCCCAACCACAACCUCAGCCACCCCAAAUGCAACUGCAGCCUUUCCCCCAGCCUCCACCAGUUGCUCCCAAACCUCAACAGCAUCUAAGGGAGGCCCUGCCACCCACUCAGAAUCCCCCAACCAUACCUCCUGCUCCUGUUGUAGCUGCUCAGCCCUUUUCAGUAGUGACCAAUGGAGAAGCCAUCCUACCGCAUGUCAGUGUCAUGUCACAGGCCGCAGAGUUGGUUCUAGCUCCAAUGGCAACAGGCCCAGCAGUGUCCACUCUCAUAGCUCCAGCUCCGACUCCACUUCCAGAGCUUCCCUCGAGCUCAGUUCUGAACCGGACAGCUCGGCCAUUCGCUCCAGGUUUCAUCAGCAACCGUGCAGCCACUGCACCAGUUGUCUUCCGCCCCACUGUGGCUAAGAAGUCACCCCGGCCUGUCUCUGUAGCUGUGGUGCAACAUCCUUUCCCUGCAGCUGACGAAAGGGCCGUAACUGCUGUCACUUUCUCAGCCUCUAUGUCUGCUCCUUCUCUUGCCCCUGCUCCCCCAAUUGUUGCCCCUAAACCUGCCACACCUUUUCCAGUGGUGGUUCCCAGUACUGCCCCAAUGGCCACUCCUAUGGUUCCACUUUCUGCUCCAGUUGUUCAGGCUGACUCCAGUGUCCCACUAGGACCCAUGAGUCCUCCAGUCUCUGUAGUUCCAGGUGUAUCUUUUCCAGCACCUAUACCCAUCUCUGCUCCAGCCCCUAUACCCAUCUCUGCUCCAGCCACUGUACCCAUCUCUGCUCCUGCCCCUAUACCCAUCUCUGCUCCAGCCACUGUACCCAUCUCUGCUCCUGCCCCUAUACCCAUCUCUGCUACUGAACCUGUACCCAUCUCUGCUCCAGCCACUGUACCCAUCUCUGCUCCAGCACCUAUACCCAUCUCUGCUCCAGCUCCUGUACCCAUCUCUGCUCCAGCACCUAUACCCAUCUCUGCUCCUGAACCAAUCUCUGCUCCUGAACCUGUACCCAUCUCUGCUCCUGAACCUGUACCCAUCUCAGCUCCAGCCCCUGUACCUUUCUCUGCUCCUGCGCCCAUGCCAGUUUCUGCACCCAUCCCUGCUUCUCCUCAGCUUGCCAGGAUAUCUUCCUCUGUAGAGAACAUUCAGGCAGGCUCCAUAGGCAUCCCUCCUCCAGUGCUGCCAAUAGAACCACCUGCUCCUGCAGCAACUGUGGCACCAGUAAUGGCAGCUACUAUGGCAAUGCCUGUACCACCUUCACCCCCAGCCCCUCGUCCAGCACCUGCACCAGCUGAUGUCUCUAGCUUUGACCACCCAGCAUCACUGCCAGUUAUGCACCAGUCCAGACAGAGAAGUGUCACAGCAGGGGGACGCACUGGUAUCUUGGAGGAGUUCCGUCGGCGAAGCUCAGGCAGGCGCAUGUUCCAGAAGCCUGAAGACAAGAAGAACUCACCCAACCCCACACUGCUAUCCAUGGUGCAGAACCUGGAUGAGAGACCAAGACACAGGUACUCAGAUCCUGUCUCAUAUGAUUACAAUGAAGAGGAUGCGGAGGAAGCUGGGGGUAAAGUUCCUCCACCGGUGGCCCCAAAACCACGCAUCAUCCCUGAAGUCUCACAGAUCCCCCAAGCAGAAGGGAAGGGGGCCGAGCUCUUUGCCCGCAGGCAGAGUCGGAUGGACCAGUAUGUGGUGGACUCACCAGUCUCACCCACCUACCCACCCCAACCGGCCCCCCAGACAUACUCCAUGAAUACACGAGAUUCAUCACCUACUCAGUCUCUUCCUUCACAGUGGAAAUAUUCUCCAAAUGUCCGCGCUCCUCCACCCAUUGGCUACAACCCCUUGCUUGGACCCAGUUUUCCCAUGGGGCCUCAGCGUGAUAAUGCCAGGUCAUCAGAUGCCACAAGGGGAGGCCGGGGUGGUUAUGGCACUCAAAGAGAAGGAAUCAAAGCCCUGGACUUCCUGAGGAGGCAGCCAUACCAGCUCAACUCUGCCAUGUUUGGUGGAAACUACAUGCAGGGCUCCAACCAACCCCAGAUGCAGCAGAGAGAGGGUUACACUCUGAACGCACCUCACCAGAUCCCUGUCAAGGCGGCACGUGUCUAUGAGAUCAAACGGUUCUCCACACCCACGCCAAUGUCUGCCCCGACAAUGGCCCCCAAAGUAAUUGCCCCACGCUCAGCCACCACACUUGGAGACCGCAUAUCACGCUCUGACAUGAUAUCUCCACCGCUGGUAUCCCAACCCCGUUCUUAUGCCCCAGUUCCUUACCCUGAACCUGCCCAUGUCCCAUUCCCUCCAGUCCAUCACACCGGGGGUCUUCCCGAGCUUCCCAAAAUCUCUGCUAACCCCGUUCCAAAUUCCCACCCUCUUCCUUUCGUCCCAACUGCCCCCAUGUCAGGUUUGUCCUACGGUGGCCUGCAAGCUGCCAAGCAGUUCAAGAGUGCACCUGAGCUUUAUAACCUGCCUCCUCUAAAGCCUGCACCUGUCCAGGUGCCCAAGCCUCGCUUUGUUGCCACACGGGUGGGCAUCCAGCCCCGUGUGUGGAGGCCUGGCGCCCUGCCACAUUAACUGGGUGACCUCAUCAGCCUCCCUUGAAGUCAGAAGUCACCAUUCAGUGCCAUGAGGUCCCACUAUGCAUUUUCAUACAACCAACUUGGCUGCCAAAACUGCUAACAAUGCUCCAAGAUUGUGAAAACAUGCAAAAGGUAUACAUCAUAGUAUUCAAAGUUAGUUUGUGAUCGAAUGUAUCGCUCAUUAAAAAGCCUGUAUUCAUUCAUGUUCAGUGUUUAGAAUGCUCAACAAUAAUCUGAAUCAUCUAAUGGUUUACACAAAUCGAAUAAAAGAAAAUGUGACUCAAAUGCUCUAACCUAAUACAUAUUUUGUAUCAAUUGUCAGCUGGCCACUUGGCUGGUUUUGUCAUUGCUAUUUUCAUUAGCCAGAAUAUCAUCACACAAAUUCUAAUCUCUCUUAUUGGACUUGAGUGGUGUGCCCACUUAUCGGUGCCACUGAUAAGUGACUUUAACCACAGAGAAUUUCUGGCUUGUAACUAACAAGUCUGUCAGCCACGCAUAUGCGUUCCCAAUCCCAAAUUAUCUAUGAGAGAGAUUUGUACCAUGACAUAUUUCUGAAACUUAAACCAUGGCAUCACAUAGGGGACAUUCAUGAAAUCCAACACAUAUGAUCAUCGUUAUAAAAUGGGGUCAAAGAUUUGAGCUGGGAGUUCAUGUGACAGAGUGCUGCCAUUGACUGUACUGUAUGUAGGCUGUCAGUUAGCUGAGAAAUCGAAUGUACAGAUUCACUCAAACAAUUUGGGCUAGUGUCAGAUGCAGAUGCUGUUGUGUUCUAGACACUAAUGUGAUGUGCUUAGGACCGAGUAUCUCAGAAAAUGCUUAAUGGACUCCGGGAAUUGGUUAGAUCCCUGAGGUCUGAGAAGCUGCCAAAAGUGCUGCUAUGUUGAAUUUUACAGCAACUUAAUUCUCCAGUUAUCUGAAUUAGCCUGAUAAUUACAUUAUAUAUGCUACAUUUGUUGAAACCUCGGAACAGAACACAGACUUGUUCUGUUUUUACAUAACUAAUUAAGUAGUCUUGCUUUGUAAAAAAAACAACAACAACAUAUACUCCAAGACAAAACACGUUGAGCCUGAAGACGUAAAAAAGUACUUUAAUAUCUUCGACCAGCUGAAUGAGCUCUGACUAAACAACUAGUUGAACUAAGAUUCAGGUAGGCAUUUUAGCAGAUACAAUAUUCAACCCUCUUUCACAGUGAAGAAGGGCAUAGUUGUACUGUUGUAGUUGUAAUGCUGACUGCAGUGAGAAGACAUGAGGUUUGCGUUUGUGUUCCAUGCUUUGGCCCAGACAGGUCAAUCAGAAAUAAUAUCUCUUUUGGCAAGGCCUGAUUGGAACAGGUGUUCUACUGUCAUGGCCUAUUUGUGGAGCCACAUAAGCAGUGAACUAGCCUGGAACACAACUGUCUUGGUGUUUGGUGUUCAAUCUCAUUACUCAAACUGCAUAACACUGAGUAAUGUUUAAUGUUUAAUGUUAAAAAAAAAACUUUGAUUGCUGCUUUAACCUUUUUUCUGUAAGGUCAAACUGAUUUGAGAUGGAUACGUUUGAGGCAAGUUUGAGACAGCAAAAGAAACUGGACACAAAAGGUUCCUGGUUGGUGAUACAGGUUGAGACAUACCUGCUACAUAAUGCUAGUUUAGAUCAUCACCACACAUGGAAAAAGGAAUGAAUUUUAUGAGAAGGGUCUAUCAGAAUUGAUAAGGUUCCUAACUGCCAGAUACUGCCUUUUUUGCUGCUAGCCUUGUUUUUCUUCAUGAAGACAAUACAGCAGAAAGGUGUCAGCAAGUGUCAUUUGAACAGACUUAUUGACUGUAUAGUGAAGUGUGAAUUCACUAAGCCUUAGUGAUGUGAGAAAAGGGAUAAUGAAUGAUCUAAGACCUUGUUUAAGAAUGUAGAGGGAGCAAUUGAGAGACAGAGAGGCGAAGAAAUUCCACUAUGUGUCUUUUUCAGUAUGAAACACUGACAAACCAUUGAAGAGAAAGUAGGAGUAAGAGAGUGAAGACCUGGCAAGAUUGAAACGGUACAAUAAAUGUAGACCGUUAUAAGCGAACACGGACAUGAGAACACACUCUUUGGAGAUUCCCGUAAAGAGAGCCAGACUACAGUAAGUGUAACAGGUAAUAUUUAUUUUACCAGAGCCAUGAUAGGGUCCAUGAUCACUCUCUCUGGCAAUGAGUUUGAUGAUUUUUUUUUUGUUUUGUUAUUUCUGGCUGUUUCAUUUGAUUGAAAAUGAAAGCUUGCAUAAAAUAAUUUGUUUGCAUUGUUUGUGUACUGCUGUCUUGAUAAAUCACUAUGUUGAAAUUGUACUUUAGGCUUUCUGCAUUAAAGAAGCUAUAAGCUAUAAGUGUAAUGUUAAUAGUGAGGUUAUUCAGAGAAUGAGGGUGAGCAUGUCUAGUGUUUAUGGUGUGGCCAUAUUAAAGGGCAGAAUGUACUUUUAGUAAGACGCUUUUAACUGAAUAAAAAUAGACUUUGAAAUUUUA